UAAGUCUUAUGAAAUCAAUGGUGAACUACCCAUUUCCUAAAACAUAUUCAAAAACCAGAUUCCUCCUUUGAUAAUCAAUAUUCAAUACACCUUGUGCUAAAAAUUCAACCUUUGAAUCAAAACUUACCAAAAAAGCACAAUUCUUUGAAUAGCUUAAAUCAUUUUAUUUUGUUAUGGGAGCUGAAAAGAAAUGGCUUUUCAUUCUCUUUUCAAUAACACUAUUCUCCAUUCUCCUUCUAUUACUUUACUCAAUCUCUGUUUUCAGCUCCCUUAGACCUUUCCCUUCACCCGUCCAGAAUGGCCUUCACUAUCCACCGGCUUUUGGGUAUUAUUUAUAUGGUGGUAAAGGUGAUAAAGAUCGGAUCUUUAGGCUUUUGCUUGCUGUCUAUCAUCCGAAGAAUCGAUACUUGUUGCAACUUGGAGCUGACGCCUCUGAUGUGGAAAGGUAUAGCUUGGAUUUGGCUUUGAAAUCCGUGCCUGCUAUUAGGAGCUUUGAGAAUGUGGAUGUUAUAGGGAAGCCUGAUAGGUUUUCAUCUAUGGGUUCUACACAUAUUGCCGCCACGUUGCGUGCUGCUGCUAUGUUGAUGAAGCUUGAUCGUGGCUGGGAUUGGUUUAUUGCUCUGAGUGCUUUGGAUUAUCCCUUGGUUACACAGGAUGAUUUGUCCUACGUGUUCUCCUCGGUUAGAAGGGACCUAAAUUUUCUUGAUCAUAAUAGUGACCUUGGGUGGAAAGCAGAACAACGGCUCGAGCCUAUUGUGGUUGACCCAGGGCUUUACCUAGCUAGGAGGACCAAAAUUUUUCAUGCUACGCAGAAACGACCAAUGCCUGAGGCUUUUAAAGUAUUCACAGGUUCCCCGUGGGUUGUCUUAAGCAGAUCCUUUCUGCAAUUUUGUCUUUUUGGCUGGGAUAAUCUACCCCGAACCCUUCUGAUGUAUUUCAACAAUGUUAUGUUAUCUGAAGAAAGUUAUUUCCAUUCUGUCAUUUGCAAUUCACCGGAGUUCAAGAACACUACUGUAAACGGUGAUUUACGAUAUAUGAUCUGGGACAGUCCCCCGAAGACGGAACCCCACUUUCUCAACAUUUCUGAUUAUGAUCAAAUGGCUGCAAGCGGAGCAGCAUUUGCAAGACCAUUUCAAAAGGAUGAUCCUCUGUUGGACAUGGUUGACAAAAAGAUCCUCAAGCGAGGGCGAAACCGAGCUGCCCCAGGGGCAUGGUGUACUGGCCGGAAAAGCUGGUGGGUAGAUUCUUGCUCACAAUGGGGUGAUGUAAAUAUCUUGAAGCCCGGACCACAAGCAAGGAAGCUUGAGGAAACUAUGAUAAACCUUCUCGACGACUGGAAUUCGCAAUCUGAUCAGUGCACAUGAAGGUGUGUGACGAGACUCUGUGCAUCGACUUUUCGUACGACUUUUACCGGGGGGGGGGGGGGG